ACUGUAGUUGAUCAAAUCGCAUCGGAAAAUGGCAGCAUUCGUCGGGGAAAGAGUUCGCAUCAGAGAUACUUCAGUAAGCGUUUCGGUACCACAGAAUUCAAAAGCCAAAUUGAUGUACUACCUCAACUGUGUGGCCACGGUUAUUCAGCUAGACGAUCCUGCUUUGAGCAGGUUAAAGAACUACCAGAGUUACUAUUUGCUGAGCGAGGAAGAAACCGACGCUCUGUUGGCACUCGUAAUUCUCCUCAGCCCAGAUGAGCUGAUAGGCAAGGUGUUUUUCCCGAGUGAAGACUGUGGGGGACAUUCUAACCAAUUCUAUGAGCUGAGUGCAGUGUCGCACAUGCUGGCAGUUGCAGAUAACAUCGUCAUUGGAGGAGAAAGGAAGAGAGUUGGCAAAAUAAUGUUCUUUAAGAGAUCAUGGAUGGAAACCUACUACCUUACACCCAUCAGGUCGUUCCAAGAUCGACUGCAAAGGAUGGCGCGAGGGCUGCCGGGUGCUCUUCCCGGCCCGCGUAUUGUCCAUCGUCCAGACCCACCUCCGUCCAGGCCCCGCGCUACCUCUUCAAGCAGUUCUUGCAGUAUUUUGUAACUUUUUAAAAGAAGUUUCGUGUGCAAGUCCUUUAAUUAUUUUGAAGUAUUCACUGCUGAACUAGUUUAGACUAUAUGCGUUUAGUGACUCAAAGUAGACUAAUUUUUAAGUCACGCUAUCAUAAUUCACAUCUAACUUCAUUGUGAACAUAAUCCCUCAUAGUUCAAAUGAAACACCACUCUUCUUGUCAGUGCAGUACUUAGGGUUAGCUAAAUGGAACGAAACCUUUACGGGUAAAUUCGAUCAAAAAAGAGAAGCUUCAUUUUUUAAAACAUAUUUUUAUGUGGCUUUUACUAUAGAAUGGGUACCAUAAAAUAGAAGAAGAAUACCCACUUAAAGAGAAGUUGCUCUAGCUAGAAUAAAAGACCAAUUUUAUCACUUUUACGAAAUCGUCCUUAACUGGUAAAUUUAGCUUGAGUUCUUGUCGACGUCACAAUAAUUCAUAAUGAUCUAGCUCUUAGCGAUGAAAUAUAGAAUAACGAACAAAACGGUAGAAGUUCUUUGCUACUUGUUUCAUUACAAGCGCAUUAAACAUAGGGCUGUGUUGUCCUUUAAAGUGUGCGGUAAAUCUGUAAAAUAUGGAUGAAUGUUUUGAAUAACAACAAGGAUUAGAUGUCUCGACCAGGACGUGUUUUUUUAUCCGCGGAAGUCCACAAGUAGUGAUCUGGGGUAAAUUUAAUAACACUUUAACAACUG